AUGCCAUUCUUUACAGUACCAUUUGCAAUAAAAGUGGCAAUAGCGGCGGGAGCUACAGUUGCAAUAAUUAAAAAUCAAGAUAUUAUAUUAGAAAAGGGACAAAUUGUAUUUGAAGCAGCUGCUAAAUUUUGUAAAAAUAGGUUAGAAGAAUCUAAAAUGAAAAACGGACCAAUAAAUUUUGCAGAUGAAAUUGAAGAUAAUGCAUUUAGUGAUAAGGCACCUGAAAAAGAAAAUGUAGGUAGAUCUACUGGAUCUAAUUUAAGAGAAAAUGAUAGUGAUUAUGAUAAUAUAAGUACUCCAGAAACUACUGAUUUUCUGGAAAUAGAUACUGAUUAUGAACCAAAUGAUUAUGAAGAAGAUGAUGAUGGUGAUUAUAAACAACAAAAUCAUGGACCAGAUCAUGAAUUAGGAAGCGGUAGUGAAACAAUAGGGUUUGCCCUGGAUACUGCUAGUUUAGAUUAA